AAGAGAACAGCUGAGCUGAAACCGGUCUUUGUCUAUAUUCUGUAUAUUCUGCCAAUUCAUAAUAUUUGUACGAUUUAAUUAUAAUAUUAUGUGAAAUUUAUCGUGAUACUGAAUCAAACGUCAGCAAAAUGCUUUGGAAUCAAAAAACGAACAAAGGUUUGAUUAAUGCUGUGCACUGCGUAAACCGUUUCAUUGGGGUACGAAGUUUGCCCUUGAGGAAAUAUAGUGAUGUUGUUUUGGAACAGCUACGAUCAAGAUCACUACUGAGACUUCACGGAAAAGAUGUCAAGCCGUAUCUGCAGGGCUUAAUAACAAACGAUAUGAACCAUUUUGCAUACGGUUCCAAUUCUAUCUAUGCGAUGUUUCUAAAUGCGGCUGGUCGUGUUUUGUAUGAUUGCAUCAUAUACAAAAUGCCCAACAAAACUAAUGAUUUUCUUCUGGAAUGUGAUAACACCGUGUUAAACAAACUUGAGACACAUUUGAAUUUAUUUCGUGUACGCAAAAAAGUGACUAUAACUUCGGCUGAUUUUGACGCAUGGGUGGCUUUUAAUCCCGUUAGUCCAGAUUGUCCAGUUCCUAAUACGAUUCAGCCAGAAGAUAGUGCCGUUGCGGUAUAUAAAGAUGUGCGUUUGAGGGAUCUCGGUUUUCGAAUAAUUGCGAAUAAAGCUACCACUUGUGAAUCCUUACGUGGAUUGUUUCCUAGCAGUACCAAUUUUGACCACAGCAUCACAUAUUUAGAGCAUCGAUACGGUCUAGGUGUUGGAGAAGGCGUGGUCAAUUUUCCUCCUGGUGCUUGUUUUCCGUCGGAGAGCAAUUGCGACUUCUUACAUGGCCUAAGUUUUCACAAGGGAUGUUAUAUAGGACAAGAGCUUACCGCUAGAACUCAUCACACAGGCGUUGUAAGAAAAAGACUUAUGCCACUGUUUUUAGAAAAAAAAGGUUUUAACGAACUGGAACUGACAUCAGAUGCGCAAAUAAAAUCUAAGGAGGGUGAAAUUGUCGGUAAACUAAGAGGUGUAACAAAUCGUGUUGGUUUGGGCUUACUUAGAAUUGAGAAGGUUUUGAAUAGUCCAUCUUUGAUAAUAGCAGAUAAAAUAGUUUGUACAACACAGAAACCGCAGUGGUGGCCCGUAGAGCAAUAAACAAAUUGAGUGUAAUAACCGUGUAUCAUUUUAUUUCAGAAAUGGCAACAGAAGAAUCAAAUCAAUUUAAACAGUUUACCUGCGAGCUCUGCAACUGGAAGGAAGUUUAUCAUCAUUAUGGCCAAGAUGUUCCUUU